UGGAAGUAGGAAGAAGAAAAGUGGAAACAAGAAUCGCCAUUUUGUAUAAAGUGUGUUUAGUUUCCUCGACGGUAACUCGAGUUGGCUCAAAGCGUACAUUCGGACCGAUCGGUCGUUGUAUUGAUGCCGAAACGUUAGCCGAAAGACUUGUGCAACGAUGACGCAGUUUCUACCGCCGAAUCUACUCGCCCUUUUCGCGCCGAGAGAUCCCAUUCCAUAUCUACCACCAGCUAACAAACUACCCCAUGAGAAAAAGAAUGGAGGAUACAUCGGCGUCGGGGCUUUUCUCAAGUAUUUUGAGGAUCCAAAAGACACUCCAUCUCCUGUACGCAUGGAGACACGCGAGGAACGGUUAGAACGUCGUAGAAGAGAACGCGCUGAGCAAGUGGCAUACAAACUAGAACAAGAAAUUGCUGUAUGGGACCCAGCUGGUAUUCCUAAUGUUACUGCAGACCCAUUCAAGACUCUCUUCGUAGCACGCAUUAAUUACGAUACGUCAGAAUCGAAACUUAGAAGAGAGUUUGAGGUGUACGGCCCUGUAAAGAAAAUCGUGGUGAUCCAUAACACAAUCAAUGGGAAGCCAAGAGGUUAUGCGUUCAUCGAGUACGAACACGAGAGGGACAUGCACUCGUGGCGGCCGCUGCCGGCAACUAGUGCCGUUCACUAUUCCAUGCAAUCCCUGAACCUGCCUGAUAUGAUAGCUGCGUAUAAACAUGCGGAUGGUAAGAAAAUAGAUGGUCGAAGAGUAUUGGUUGAUGUGGAACGAGCAAGGACAGUUAAAGGAUGGCUACCUAGAAGACUCGGUGGUGGUCUAGGAGGCACACGUAGAGGCGGACCUGACGUCAACAUCAAACAUUCAGGCAGAGAAGAUAACGAACGCGAAAGAGAACGCUAUCGGCUUGAAAGAGAACGAGAAGCUACUGGACGUGGGCUCGAUAGAGAAAGAGAACGCGAUCGUGGACUUGAUCGAGAACGUAGGAGAUCACGAGAACGCAAACGCAGGUCAAGGACCAGAUCUCGUGACCGCAAACGUAGACGUAGUCGAGAAAGAGUUCCUGAUCCUGACAUCGAAGAGAUUGAAAGAGAGGAACGACCUCGAGAAAGGCGAGAUCGUGAUCGAGAUCGUGACAGGGAACGCAAACGUAGGAGGUCUCGUAGCAAGGAUCGUGAACGUGACAGGGAGCGAAAACGUGAUCGACGAGAUAGAGAUCGUGAUCGUAAAGAGCAACGUAAGGAUCGUGGAGAUCGUGAGGAUGAAGAUGUCAAAGAAGUUCGCAUCAAGGAAGAACCAAUCGAUGAUUAUCCCGACUAUAGCAACAAUUACUCGACAUCGUACAACGAGGCGGCUGUGAAGUAUGAAGACGAGCAUGAGGAAAAAUAUCGCAUCCCUGAUGGAGACAGUAAUGGCCGUUCAGAUCAAGUCCCAUACAACAAUUACGAAUCAGUCCAAGACUAUUGAAUCUAAUAGAUUGAGUUUCCGUUACACUCAUGAUGCAAUGAUUGAAAACAAUUUACUCUUCUCUAUUGUUGUUAUUGUGAAACAUGAUCACAUUGGUAUUUUAAAGAUUGUAACACCGAAUGAUAAAUCGAUUAUUCUUUAAAAUAUAUAUCGUAUCCGAUGUCGGAGCAUGCAAAGACCUGAUUGAUAAAUUUCAAUAGUUGCAUAGAUUAUUUGCAAUUAUAAAUUUACUAAUGGAUUAAUUAAACAAUCAGUAUGUAUAUAGAAGUAAAUUCUAUCAUUUAAACCAUUGACAUUGACUACUGUAUGUAUAUUUAUACAUAUAGAAAUAAAAUGUGAUUGAUACUA